UCAAGAAAACUAUUGGAGAAAAAAGAUCUCUGUCGAAAAGUGGCUUGUCUACCCUAUUCAGGAGGUUAUGUCUUGCUACCACUUUUGCAUGGUGUUGAGAGACGCAGUCAUUAAUUCCAUAUUUAAUAAGAAUGUCAUGGAUAAGAGCUGCGUGGAUGGAGGGGGGAAAUGAGGAAGAGGGGACAGUGCCGGACACCUGGAUACUAAAUGAUUUUGUUCUAUGGCCACUAGUUGUCAACAGUUUAAGAUUCAUCAAAGAGAGAAAGAAGCCGACAGAAAAAUGGAAAAGAUUUCCUUUGGUGAAGAUAAAGAAGAAGUCUGAUAGUUACACUGAAUGUGAAUUAUUUGAUGAAACGACAACAGCAGAAAUUAGUGAGGAUGAAGACCGUGGCAAGAGACCACUGAAAAAGAAAUCAUUUGGUGCAGAUUUUAUUUCAGAUAUAGCUGAUGCUGCUUCAAAUCAUGAAGAAGACCCUAAAGGGAAAGCCAAAAAAACUUCAGAAAAGGAUCCACCCACUGAUACUCGGAAACUUCCUGCACAGCCAAAGAAAAUCUGUCCCAAAUUUUUAAACCCAACAGGUGGCUCUAAGUCCAGAUCAAGAUCCUCUUCAAGAAGCUCAAAGUCAAGAAGUUCAAAAUCCAGAUCAAGAUCAUCAUCAAUGGAUAGUCAACAGUAUAAACAAUCACAGUCAAGUUCAGAUUUAUCAAGGAAGGCUAGGUCAGAAACACAAAAAAGAAAGCACCCAAGGUCUAGAUCUGUGUCAAAAUCACUGAGGGGUAACUUAGAGAAACAGAGAAGGUCAAGGUCAACAUCAGAUGAAAUAAGGUCGCACAAAUCUCUUUCAAGGUCCAGAUCAAGGUCAUUGAUAGGUAGGUUAGAGAGAAGUAGGAAAGAUUCAAGGUCAAGAAACAGAUCACGAUCAAGGUCCAGAUCAAGGUCAUUAAUAGGAAGGUUAGAGAGAAGUAGGAAAGAUUCAAGGUCAAGAAACAGAUCACGAUCAAGGUCCAGAUCAAGGUCAUUGAUAGGAAGGUUAGAGAGAAGUAGGAAAGAUUCAAGGUCAAGAAACAGAUCACGAUCAAGGUCCAGAUCAAGGUCAUUAAUAGGAAGGUUAGAGAGAAGUAGGAAAGAUUCAAGGUCAAGAAACAGAUCACGAUCAAGGUCCAGAUCAAGGUCAUUGAUAGGAAGGUUAGAGAGAAGUAGGAAAGAUUCAAGGUCAAGAAACAGAUCACGAUCAAGGUCCAGAUCAAGGUCAUUGAUAGGAAGGUUAGAGAGAAGUAGGAAAGAUUCAAGGUCAAGAAACAGAUCACAAUCAAGGUCCAGAUCAAGGUCAUUGAUAGGAAGGUUAGAGAAAAGUAGGAAAGAUUCAAGGUCAAGAAACAGAUCACGAUCAAGGUCCAGAUCAAGGUCAUUGAUAGGUAGGUUAGAGAGAAGUAGGAAAGAUUCAAGGUCAAGAGACAGAUCACGAUCAAGGUCCAGAUCAAGGUCAUUGAUAGGAAGGUUAGAGAAAAGUAGGAAAGAUUCAAGGUCAAGAAACAGAUCAAGAUCAAGGUCCAGCUCAUGGUCAUUAUCAGUGAGAGGUAGUUCAAAGAAAAGCAGGGAAAAAUCUAGUUCAAGGUUGUCAUCAGUACAAGCAAGGUCAAGACCAUCCAUAUUGAAAAGGACUUCAGAAAAUUCAAAACAUAGUAAAAAAUCUUAUUCAAGAUCAAGGUCAUUGUCUGAUGAAGUUUCAUCAGAUGAGGAAAGAAGCCUAUCAUGUUCAAGGCCAUCAUCAUUUCUGCAUGAUUCAUCGAGAAAACGUCAGGACUCGAAAGGCAAGAGUAAGCAUAAAUCUUCGUCAAAAGAGACAAGAAGGUCACCUGCAAGGUCAAGGUCAUUAGAAUUGCCUACUCUGAAAAGAAACCCAAAGAAAUCAUCGCCCAAAACUGGCAAAAAUACAAAGAAAAUUACCAAUGAAAUGAGAAGAAAUGAGAAGGACAAGUUUCCAAUGACAGAAGCUAAAUUUCAGAAACGUGUGCUGUAUUUAUUGAGUGAUUUGAGGCAAGAAAUAGCAGAUUUAAAGAAAGACAGAAGAAUAGAAAACUAG